UGAUAAUUAAAGAAAUGUAGGGCAAUAUUCUGCUUUUCUCACCUCUUCAUCCGUUUGACAAAUGAGUACCUGAGGCUUUCCUGCAGUCUCCGGUCGACCCUCCAUCCUUUCUGAAAUAUCCGUCACUGCAAUAUCCAUCCGCCAAUCCCUUUCCGUUUGCUUCGUGGUCAAUCACAAAGCCCAAACAUCUACACUUCUCUACUACUUUUUUCCUCAAAAGCGUGCUCUUCUCACCAAUCCCGCCUGCAAAGACAAGGGCGUCGACAUGACCAUCGAGCUUCACAACGUAGUUGCCGAUGAAGCCGACGAUGCGGUCGACGAAGAUGUCGAAGGCAAGUCGGUGCUGGUCUGUCGCGGGAGUUUCAGUGGCUAUCUGAGAGAAGUCGGUGGUCCCUGCGAGAGACUUCCAUCCUGAUUGUUUGUUAAGGAUGCGUUUGGCCUGAUCGGACGGAGGACAAGCUAAUCCCAUGGAAUCCGUACUUGCGUAGCCAGUUCUCUUUGGCCUUUUCGGGACUGAUAGGAUAAGUCUUGACGUAGUCCGGCAUUGACUAGUGGAAGGUGGAGUCAAAAUAUGCCACUGUCUUCGCCUUGGGGAUUUCAUGGAGACAGGUAUCUAUUAUCUCCAGUGAGGCUGUAUUGUGCCUGUUUUGUUUUUCCCAUAGUCAGCCUCGCUCUUUCGUUUGGUAUGUAUGAGGCCACUGAAGGUAUGUUAAAAUAUAUUUUUAUAAAUAUAUCUCCCUAACAGACAUACAACGGCGCAAGCUCCUUUAAGGCCAGCAAAUAAUUAUAGGCGCCCUCCGUUAUCACUGCUUCCUUUUCAAAAUCACCUCCAUGCACGACUCGAUGGCAUAGAUAUGCAAAAUCAUCCUUACUAGCGACCUCCUGCAGAUCUGGAUCGUUCAAGAAUCGGUGCAAAAGGUACUUAAAUGCUUCUUGCGGGCUUGAGAUUCGCUCUUGGAUCUCAUCUUUCUUCUCCUUGUUAGGCCCUUGCGAGUACUUGAAAGUGCCUGUUGGUGCAGUAAGACCGGCGACUUGUGCGCUUGCAAGUUUCACCGGUGGGUUUGAUGGAUGAGGACCCGGCAUUCAUGGAGAGGAUUGCUUGGGCCAUGGUUUGAUAUAUGUCAGAAGGAUGGAUCUAUAAAAAUGUUCAAGCUGAACUCAGGCAAAAUCACCAUUUAUACUACCUCAUUUCAAUUUACGCUAUAUUGCAGACUUCUGUUUGCCACGUUUUAUUCUAUUGUUUUCAUUGUCCCUUCCCAUCCCAUCCAGCCGCUUGGUUAGAACUAUGACAUACACGAACCGGUUUUGUGGUAGAGUUCACUCUGAUAUCAGCCAACGACGUAGUUAGAGCCUCCCACUUCCAGCUUUUUGAUAACGGCUGCAGCUGGACUCUACUAGAAGCGAGGAUAAAUAAAAAAGUUCUGUAUUCAAUCAUAUAGGCGAUUGUUCAUUAGAUCUCAUGUGUCAUAUGUCGAGGAAGAGUCAUAUGGAAACUAUCGUUGGUCUGAUAUAGUAGAGGUAGUCUUCUACAAGACCAUUUUAGGUUGAACACAAUAGAAAAUAUGCCUGGGGAGAUCAUCAAAAAAGCUAAUCCAAAGGCAUUACCGUCUCAUCUACCUGGGGCUAUAGAUCAACUGGCGGUGUAGCUGCCAAGGACAUCGCUGAACGAAAAUGUCUUGAAAUCUCUACAAAAGUUCCAGCGUGCCGCGAACUAUAUUGCUGCCGCUAUGAUAUUCCUGCAGGACAACGCAUAUCUGAAACGGGAGCUGAAAUUUGAUGAUAUUAAGCCGAGAUUAUUAGGUCAUUGGGGAACCUGCCCAGGACUGACCUUCGUCUAUUCCCACCUGAAUUACUUGAUAUGCAAACAUGACCUUGACAUGAUAUACGUCGUGGGGCCAGGCCACGGUGCACCGGCAAUCCUAACAGCGCUCUGGAUGGAAGGUUCUUUGGAGAGAUUUUAUCCAGACUAUAGCCGAGACACAAAGGGCCUUACGAAGCUGAUCACGACGUUCAGUACCACAGGCGGAUUUUCAAGUCAUAUCAAUGCCGAAACUCCAGGAGCAAUCCACGAAGGCGGCGAAUUGGGAUACGCUCUAUCCGUUUCGUUUGGGGCGGUCAUGGACAAGCCGGAUUUGAUUGUCGCAUGUAUCAUCGGCGACGGCGAAGCAGAAUCUGGGCCGACAGCAACGGUCCUGGCACGGAUUCGAAUAUAUUGACCCCGCAGAAUCAGGAGCAGUAUUGCCUAUUCUUCAUCUCAAUGGAUUUAAAAUUAGUGCACGAACUAUAUUCGGAUGCAUGGAUGAUCGCGAGCUUAUUGCUUUGUUUGUCGGAUAUGGCUAUCAACCACGAAUUAUCGACGAUAUGAAACAUAUUGAUGCCGAUUUUAAUGCAGCUUUGGAAUGGGCAUUGGCUGAAAUCCGCGAAAUACAGAAGGCUGCUCGUUCGGGAAAUCCGAUCAUGAAACCUCGUUGGCCUGUUUUGAUUCUGCGAACUCCGAAGGGAUGGACCGGUCCAAAACAAAUCCAUGGUCAAAUUGUUGAAGGUUCUUUCAAUGCCCACCAAGUCCCUCUUCCCGCCGCCAAGAAGGACCAGGAAGAAUUAAAGACACUGAACGAAUGGCUCUCAUCGUAUAAGCCGCAGGAACUAUUUACAGAAGGUGGUGGUUUGACUGAUGAUAUCAAUGCAAUCAUCCCUCGAAAUGACCUGAAAAAGCUGGGGCAGCGAAGUGAGGUUUAUGAAUCGUACAAGGCACCCAAACUGCCCAAUUGGAAGAAAUUUGGAAUCGAGAAGGGCAAGCAGGAAAGUUCUAUGAAAGCCAUCGCUGAGUUUAUUGAUCAAGUUUUCGUCGAUAAUCCUCACUCUGUCAGGUUGUUUUCACCAGACGAGCUGGAGAGUAAUAAACUUGGUGGUACGCUGGCACACACGGGAAGGAACUGCCAGUGGGACCAAGAUCGCCAACGCCCAGGGGUACACAUUGACGGUCGAGUGGGUAUAUUUCCUUCGUAUGAGAGUUUCCUUGGCAUCAUUCAUACAAUGAUGGUUCAAUUUUGCAAGUUCACUAAUAAGAUGGGCCUAGAGACCUCAUGGCGCCGAGACAUUGCUAGUAACAACUACAUCGAGACAAGCACCUGGACUCGGCAAGAGCACAAUGGAUUUUCGCAUCAAAACCCAUCGUUCAUUUCGGCAGUGUUGAAUCUAAAACCAAACGCGGACCGCGUUUACCUACCACUGGACGCAAACACAUCCCUUUCUACGCUAAACCAUCGCUUGAAGUCCAAGAACUAUAUCAAUCUCAUGGUUGGGUCCAAGCAGCCCACGCCUGUAUUUUUGAGCCCGGAUAAAGCAGAAAGGCACUGUCGCGGUGGUGGUUCGGUUUGGAAAUUCGCGUCUACCGACGAAGGGAGGGAUCCAGAUGUGGUUCUCAUUGGUAUCGGUACUGAACUCACAUUCGAAGUCAUCCGGGCAGCCGCUCUACUUAGAGAACGGGUUCCAGAGCUGCGUGUGCGCGUAGUUAAUGUAAUGGAUUUAAUGAUCCUUAGCAGGGAGACGAGCCACCCGCAUGCCCUGUCAGACGAAGCAUUCAGCGCUCUCUUCACACGCGAGCGUCCGAUCCACUUCAAUUAUCAUGGAUACGAGACCGAAAUGAAGGGACUUCUCUUUGGAAGACCAAAUAUGGAACGGGUUACAAUUGCGUCAUAUAUGGAAGAGGGAAGUACCACGACACCAUUUGAUAUGAUGUUGGCCAACCGAGUUUCUCGAUUCCAUGUUGCUCAGGCUGCAGUUCGUGGCGGUGCCAUUAGGGUCGAGGAUGUUACGAUAAGGAGACAAGAGUUGCUUUCUGAGUUUGACCACGAUGUGAAUGAGGCGAGGAAGUAUAUCCUGCAGCACCACAAGGAUCCUGACGACAUGUAUGACAUGCCAAAAUUUUCUAAUUAGGAUAUAGGGCCAGAGAAGAAUCACAUAUAUACAUGUGAAGUAUACACGCGGGCAGUGUUAGGCGCAUGCAAACUACCUGCUGUGGAUGGCCGUCCUCGGUGAUAUUCAUUGAAGUUCAAGGCGGAAUCUUCGUUGCGGAUAUGGAUUUUCUCGUGAUAGAUAGUUUCGUGAAUAGGUUGAAUAAUGCCAUAUCCAUCUUGUAAUAGUAUAUCACUUAUUAAUUAUCCAAAA